AUGGCGCUAGACACUAAGAAAACUUCCCCACCACAUUGUAAAGGUACCACGCCUAACACAGAAAAAGGUAAAGUAACUUAUUGCACAGACUUGGAGAAGUCAGUGAUAACGACUAAUUUUGAUCGUCGCGGUUGGAUUCAAGUGGGGCCCGACGAUGAAUGGAAUUUUUACUGGUCAUUUAUACAAAACUGUCGAACUCUUUUUAGUAUAGAAAGUGGCUACCGAAUGAAUGACAACCAAAUGAUAAACCACUUUCCUAACCAUUAUGAACUAUCCCGUAAAGAUUUGUUGGUCAAAAAUAUCAAAAGAUACAGAAAGGAGUUAGAGAGGGAUGGUAAUCCAUUGGCUGAGAAAACAGACGUGAUUUUGCCAAGCGGGCAAGUUGUCACCCGUUAUAUUCAUUUAGAUUUUAUACCAGUAACAUACGUGCUGCCUGCUGAUUACAACAUGUUUGUAGAAGAAUAUAGAAAGUCGCCUCAAAGUACAUGGAUUAUGAAACCAUGUGGAAAAUCACAGGGUGCAGGAAUAUUUUUAAUAAAUAAACUGUCAAAGCUCAAAAAAUGGUCUCGCGAUGCAAAGACAGUGUUUCAUCCUCAACUGAGUAGUAAAGAAUGUUACGUUAUAUCGCGAUAUAUCGACAAUCCACUCCUAAUAGGUGGGAAAAAAUUUGACUUAAGGCUAUACGUUUUAGUAACAUCAUUUCGACCACUGAAAGCCUAUUUAUUUCAACAUGGCUUCUGUAGAUUUUGUACUGUUAAAUAUGAUACAAGUGUCACUGAGCUUGAUAACAUGUAUGUGCAUUUAACUAAUGUAAGUGUACAGAAGUAUGGAGGAGAUUACAACAGUUUACACGGUGGGAAAAUGAGUAUACAGAAUUUCCGUCUGUACCUAGAAGGUACCAGAGGUCGCGCUGUAACCGAAAAAUUGUUUGCGGAAAUGCAAUGGCUUAUUGUACAUUCCUUAAAAGCUGUUGCGCCAGUAAUGGCUAAUGAUCGCCAUUGCUUCGAGUGUUAUGGUUAUGAUAUUAUUAUAGAUAACAAUCUAAAACCGUGGCUAGUAGAAGUAAAUGCGUCACCGGCACUUCAAUCUACAACUCAUAAUGAUAGAAUACUAAAAUAUAAACUGAUUGAUAAUAUUGUGUCUGUAGUUGUACCGCCUGAUGGAAUACCUGACGCUAGGUGGAAUAAGAUUCCUAGCGAAGAAGCUCUUGGUGACUUUGACGUCCUCAUUGAUGAAGAAUUAAUGGAAAGGGAGGAUAUAAAUUCUCGUUAUAAUAAAAUUCAUCGUGUUAAACCAUAA